CAGCUCUCCUAUUGGACAGUCGACCCCGGACACGUCGAGCGGCUCUGUUGUGUGUGUGUAUGUGUAGAAAACAAGCCGAGCUGGCAGUGCGUCUCCCAUUGGCUUCGCGCGCUUCGAGAGGGCGUGGCCUCUCCUCAUGAAUAACCACUACGCCACCCACUGUCGCCAUGGCAACAUGCAAAUUUAGCCGCUGCGCCGCCGGUGAUUGGCGGGCGCCGCCUUGGCGGGCCCGGGGGCGGCGACGGGGCGGAGAGCCGGGCAGGGAAGGGAAGAUGGCGGCGGCGGAGCGGAGCAGAUCCCCGGUUCCCGGGGGGUCCCCGGUGCCGGCCUGUAUGUUCGCCCCGGAGCCCGGCUCCCCGGGCGGACGGCCUCGCGUGGCGGCGGCCGCCUGUCCCCUCCGCGCAGCCUUCGACGGCGAGGACGGCGAGGCGCUCAACGGCGAGCCCGAGAUCGACCUCACCAGUAAGGAUGCCAAUAUUGAUCUGUCCUUUGUCUUGGACGUGACUGCUGUGGAAGAGAGCCAAGGAGGAUGCCAAGGACUGCAUCACUGAUUCUUGACAGCCAGGAACCUGACCAAAACUCCGACAAAGAGAGAAGAGUGCUUUUCUUCCACAAACUCCCAUUUGUAGUGUCAGUCUGUCUUCCAUUCCUGGAAAUCUGGAGGUGCUGUGGAGGUGGUAGGAAACCUGAGGUUGCUAGACCUGCAUGGCUCCUACUGAUAACUGCUCAGUGCCUGACAAAGUGGAAAGGACAAAAGUGAACAUUUUUGACUUUGUGAAAGCCUCUUAAAAACAUGCAUUUGCAGUGCAGCCAUGGAGGGGUUGCUCGAAGGUGAAGAGCAAAAAAAGCAGAGGAGCCAAAACGGAGCGCUUGUCUUUGACCAAGGAGAUAGCAGAGGACAGGAAACUAAAGAGAUCUUCAAAACAGCACAUCACAUCUUGCAAUGAUCCAGGAAACCACACAACUGGCUGGGGCUGUGACUGCAGAAGUAGUUAUCAGAAACGCUGAGUGGCAUUGGAAGGUGUGAUCUGUGAACGCUGCUGUUUUAUCUACAGAUACUUCUCUUGAUGUCCUGCUGUGUCAUAUGAGCUGUAAGCUCCAUCGGCCACGGAGUAAACUUUGGAAGCAGUCUGCUACUGGAACACCCUUCAGGAGUGCCUUUGCAUGGCAGUGAAAGCAGCAGUGUGGGGGAACAGUGUUGUGGGCUGAUGUGAGCCUGUGCUGUUUGAGGCCCCCAGCCCUCCUGCUGGCAGCGUGAGGAAAGGGUACAAUGAGCUGCUGAGUGCCUUGGUGCUUGUUACAGCACCCUGCCUGCUCACACUGCUGAAGCACUUGGACUCAGAAGAACAAAGCUGGUGAUGAGACUUGAAGAAACUGAAGUUAGUUUGCCCUGUACUGGUGGCCCCUGCUAUGUUAUUGAUCUUUGUGUGUGUUACAGCCUGUGUUACAGCCUGUUACAGCUCAGAUCUUCUUGAGUCCCUGGCUUGUGCUGGUGCACUGGCCUAAAGAAUGAGCUUGUCUGCUGUGCAUCUGGGUAUUCCUGAAAGUAUUUGCAGGGCAAAAUGAGCCCUACACAUCAAAACACAGCCUUCCAUUCCUGCCCAGAUUGAGCCUCUCAACAGCUGUUGAUUUCACUCUCAGUGCAUUUACAUCCAGUGGUUUCCCUCAAGAAGAAAAUGAAACUAAAAGUAAAACAGAACUGAAAGAAAAACUAAUAAAAGCAAAACUCAUUCUUUUAUGGCAUGAAAUAGAAAGACUGUGACCUUGCAGAGCAGAGUGCUUUGGUACACUUUGCAGACCACUUUGCCAAGUAGUUGAAAGGCUUAGGUAGGGCAUGUGUCCAAAAGGGGCAUGUGAGGGUGAUUGUAUCUCUUGUAGCUGUCUGGCCCUUGCAGACACAUCCCUGCUGCCUGGGACCCUUAACAUCUGUGGAAAAAGUUGCUUUGGCAGCCUUAAUCCUUCUAACUAGCACCUGCUGUCUGUGCUUCAGUGUCCCAGCAUGCAUCUCUAUGGUUUUGAAAGCUGCUUAAACAUUGUUUGUGGGGGUUUGGGUUCCUUUACAUUCUAGAUUUCCAAAAAAGGCCUUCAUCAAGUGUGUAAUAGUGGUAGUAAUAGUAGUGCUAAAGGUAGUUUCUCCUUGAAAACACAUUGUGUUGACUGUGCUGAGCAAGUCAGGCUGUGGUAGAGAAUGCUGGGCAGACUGGAGGAUGUUAUUGUCAACGGCUCUAAACCAUAUGUUUUAGGCAAACAUCUAAUUUAGCACAGUUUUCAGUCUCAGUGCAUAGUGAAGGAAAGUGCUUCUUUCUGGGUGUGAUUUUUGUGUAUGUAGGGACAACUGUGGAUGUCACUGAGUGUUGGCACAGGUGUGCCUACCCUUAGGUGGGUGUCAACCUUUAAUAACUGUUACUUAAAGUGCCUUUUUCACAGAAAUGGGUAUCAAUUGCUACAGCUAUCAGGCUGCUGUACAGGGAUGCUCAGCCACCAACAGAUUUGUAACCAUGGAGGCAGCCAGAGAGCAGGUAGAGUGCUGAUGGAGGUCUCCUUGGUCUGUCACUGCCAUGCCACCAUUGUGGCUGCCCUGUGCAGGUGUCUUCAGCUCUGCUGUGUGAGCAGUGCAGGUUUCUGCCAGAAAUGGUGCUAUUUCAUUCUAGGAAAAAUCAUUCCUGACGCAUUCUCUUCUCCUCAUUUCCUGCUUUGUUUUUGUUUUAUUUUUUCAUUCUCUUGAUGUUCCUGCAGGGAAGGGCAAAGGAAGUUUGAUUAUUGCAAUUGCUGCAGUCAAAGUUUGUUGGUGGAACAGCUGCUGGCCUACAAAACUGCAGCUCUCCACUGCUGAAACCUCUAGAUGUGCUUAUAUAAAUUGCUUUGCAUGUCUGCCCCUCGGCACCAUUGUUUAAAGUACCUAAAAUUUGAAAAUAAUGCUUAUUUGUGUUCUCUCCUUUCCUUCUGCCCCCUCAGAAAACAGAAGGGACAUCAAAUACGUGAAAGACUUAAAAGAUGCUCUGGAUUUUGGUGCCCAGAUGCUCUCUGCAGUGAGCUGGUGAUGGUGAGUCCAACUUCAGAGCAGUAUGACAGUUUGCUCCAGCAGAUGUCAGAGAGGAUUGAUGAGGGAUGUGGAGAGACCAUCUAUGUCAUUGGACAAGGAUCAGAUGGGACUGAGUACGGGCUGAGUGAGGCAGACAUGGAGGCGUCCUACGCCACGUUGAAGAGCAUGGCAGAGCAGAUCGAGGCCGACGUGAUCCUCCUGAGGGAGCACCAGGAGGCCGGGGGCAAGGUGCGCGACUACCUGGUUCGGAAACGUGUGGGUGACAACGACUUCCUGGAGGUCAGGGUAGCAGUGGUUGGCAAUGUGGACGCAGGGAAGAGCACCUUGCUGGGCGUCUUGACUCACGGCGAGUUAGACAAUGGCCGGGGCUUUGCUCGGCAAAAGCUCUUCCGCCACAAGCACGAGAUUGAGUCAGGCCGCACCAGCAGUGUGGGCAAUGACAUUCUGGGCUUCGACAGCGAGGGCAACGUGGUGAACAAACCUGACAGCCACGGUGGCAGCUUGGAAUGGACAAAGAUCUGCGAGAAAUCCACCAAGGUCAUUACUUUCAUUGACCUGGCUGGUCACGAAAAAUACCUGAAAACCACCGUCUUUGGCAUGACCGGCCACUUGCCUGACUUCUGCAUGCUUAUGGUUGGGAGUAAUGCUGGGAUUGUUGGAAUGACCAAGGAGCACUUAGGCCUGGCGCUUGCACUUAACGUUCCUGUCUUUGUUGUGGUGACCAAGAUUGACAUGUGCCCUGCCAACAUCCUGCAAGAAACCCUGAAGCUGUUACAGCGACUGCUGAAGUCCCCAGGGUGCAGGAAGAUUCCCGUGCUGGUUCAGAGCAAGGAUGAUGUCAUUGUAACAGCCUCCAACUUCAGCUCAGAGAGGAUGUGCCCAAUUUUCCAGAUUUCAAAUGUUACUGGGGAGAAUCUAGAUUUGCUGAAGAUGUUUCUUAAUCUCUUGUCUCCACGGACCAGUUACAGGGAAGAAGAACCAGCAGAAUUCCAGAUAGAUGAUACUUACUCUGUCCCGGGUGUAGGAACAGUUGUCUCUGGGACGACACUGAGAGGCCUAAUCAAGCUAAAUGACACCCUGCUGCUGGGGCCAGAUCCCCUUGGCAACUUCCUCCCUAUUGCUGUCAAGUCCAUCCACCGCAAGAGGAUGCCCGUCAAGGAGGUGCGGGGAGGCCAGACUGCCUCCUUUGCCUUGAAGAAGAUCAAGCGUUCUUCCAUCCGGAAAGGCAUGGUAAUGGUGUCACCCCGCCUGAAUCCACAAGCGUCGUGGGAGUUCGAAGCAGAGAUUCUGGUGCUCCAUCACCCCACCACCAUCAGCCCACGAUACCAGGCCAUGGUGCAUUGUGGCAGCAUCCGUCAGACAGCCACGAUUCUCAGCAUGGACAAGGACUGCCUGCGGACAGGGGACAAAGCCACGGUGCACUUCCGCUUCAUCAAAACCCCGGAAUAUUUACACAUAGACCAGCGGCUGGUCUUCCGGGAAGGCCGCACCAAAGCUGUGGGUACCAUCACUAAGCUGCUCCAGACCACCAAUAACUCACCAAUGAACUCCAAGCCACAGCAGAUCAAGAUGCAGUCAACGAAGAAGGGAGCUGUUACGAAACGAGAGGAUGGUGUUCCUGCCGCUGGGGCGGCAGCUGGAGGCCCAGCAGCUGGGGAUGAGGCCCCCUCAACAGCUGCAGCACCACUGACACCUACUGCCCUGCAACCAUUGUCAAAAGUCGGAGGAGGAGGCCGUCGACGUGGGGGUCAGCGCCAUAAAGUGAAAUCUCAGGGAGCCUGUGUGACUCCUGCCAGUGGCUGCUGAAUUUCUUAUUCCUCCUCUCUCUGAAGAAUUCCUCCCCAUCCCUUCAUUUCUUAUCCAAAAGAUCCAGAGCAGCGUAAACCAAAACCCAUCCCAGCUGAUUGGCUGCAGAAGAAUCGUCCCUCCUCCCUGCAGAAAGCGAUGGAGAGGAGCAUAAUUUAUAAGCUAAUGAAGGUGAUAAGACAGAGAACUGAGUAACUGACACCUUCCUCCUCCCCCUGUCGACACAUUUUUGUACAUCAUGGGCUUAGUUUUUAUUCUUAUUAGUUUUUAUUAUAUUUUGUGUGCAUGAAGAUGAGAGGAGUCUGGAUAGAGCUGCAAAGAGCCAGUUAGUUGCCUCCCUCCUCCCUCACCCCUUUCUGUCCACAGGACUUGCUGCUCUCCCCUAUUUGCUGUCUCAGAUCCAGGGGUUAUCAGAUGCCUGAAAUUUCAGACUUGCAAAGGUUAAAACAGGUUGUUUAGGAUGGCUCCAUGGAGCAUCGUUUCAUCACCACUGUGGCCUUGUGCCAAAUAUGUUUUGGAUUCCCUCCCUCUUAAACUAUUUCUAAGUGGAUUUAAUUUAAUGUUGUAAUGACUGAAGUUUGAAGGAGAUGGUGAGAAAGUUCCUUAGUUGGAGAUCUAAGAGGGAAACAAAUUGGAAAGCAGUUGUAGAUGUUAAGUUCAGGGAUCCUAUGCUCAAUAUCCUCAAAUAAUGUUGAAAGCACUUAAAAUUUUAACUGGCGACAGAGUUAAAUGGGCAGACAUUUACCCACCCAAUUCCCCUUCCCAUCGUGCUGCUUUUCCCAGUGUUUGUUCAGUGCACAUUGGAGCAAAUCUAAGGUGCCUCCCAAGGCUGCAGCAGCUCCACUGACAGUAUUAAGAACAGUGCAGGAGCACUCAGUCCGUCCCUUGAGCCAGAGAAAGCCUUCUCACCUCGACGGACAGAGGUCACAGGUGGUAAGAUACCUUUGGAACAGAGACACCAAGCUAACAUGACCUCCCCUUGAUUUUGUUUACUCCAAGAUUUCCAAAACCUUUUUGGAACUCACUGGCCAAACUUUGCCAUGGCAGAAGCAGGAUUUGUCUUCUCCCCUCUUGGCCAAAGAGGGCAGUGACAAAUUGGUACCAAAUUUACAGGUGUGCUUUCAAGGUUGGAAGUACAUGGUAAUUUUUCUGACUUAAACUGAUUUUUUUUUUUAAGAUUUUAUUUUUCUUAAUGAGAAAUUGUGGCUUCUCCAAGAAGGCCCUGCAAGGACAGUUUACAAAUUACUGUUAGAAUGGGUUUUUUAACCAUUUAAUGAGUUUUUAAAGUGAUUGAUACCCUGCUUAUUUUGAUCUCUUUUCUUCUAACCCUGCCUCUUCCCUUGGCUCCGGUGAGGACAGGAAUUAUCCUCUGCCAGCUUGUGGUGAGCUCUGGGAGCAUGGUGGCAUUUUGAGGAGGAGGUGGCAUCCUCAGCAAAUCAUGGCUCCCCCCAGCAGGCACGGUCAGGCUCGGUUUCUCUGAGGGCUUCUUCCUCCAAUGAAGGACUUUUAUUUUAAUCAGAGAGAGACUGCAAAGUUUCUGUCCCUCCUUAGCGGGUUGUUCCUGUUCCUCACUCUGUGUCACCUGUGUGGAGUUCAUUCCAGCUCACCUUGUGACUCGGGGUAGGUCUCCAGGCCGGCUGAGAGGCAAAGCGCAUCUCCCGCUGCCAACACCAGCACUCCAAGAGCAUUAAGUGGCACGGGAGAGGCAAGAAACGUGGUUUGGAGACCAGGGCUCUUUGCCUUAGAGACUGCAGUGGGUGGAAGGGGGAGGUCAGACGGUCCUUUUCCAAGCUUUGUGCCUAAAUACCAGCACUCUCCUGGCCAGGGAGGAACUAUAGGCGGCUACAACACUAAUAGCACCCGCAUUGUGAGGGGGUGUGAGGUGUGGCUAAGCAGGGCACGAGGGCUUGGCUUGUUUGUCUUCUGGCCCUGUAGCAGCAUCAAACUGCAUCUGAUUUCACUGCCCUCUGCUUCUGAGGGGAGCAGGGAGCUCCAGGCGGUUUUCUCUUUCUCCAUUCCUUGUGCUCCAAAUGAAGGAGACUGCCGAGACUGAAAGAAGGUUCACUUCAAUUUGUGCAAAGGAGGUGGUGUGAUCUCUCUUUUGUGACCAGCAUUUACAGAUCACUCAGGCUGGUGUGAUCUAUAAAAUAAAUUUUAAAAAAGUUUGUUCCAAGUAAAA